ACUAGUAGCAACAUCACGUCAAAAAAAUAGUAGCAACAUCACGUCAAAAAAAAUAGUAGCAACCUUCACAAAAGAAAACUUUUACUUGUAGGAAUAACGUGACAAAUGGCCACACUAUUACUAACCAAAUCAAUUAUAUACACACAGUUAAGCCAUCACAUCUUCACUUCAAUUACUUGUAAAACCUGGAAAUGAAUGGGUUUCUUACGCAUUGUUAAUUACCAACUAACAUUUAACAAUUCCCUUUCAAAUGCUAUAUAAGUCCUUUGCAUAACCUAACCUCAAAAACCAAAUUAAGCCACCAAAAAAGUACUAUAAGCCAAAAAAUGGGAAUUUUGAGUAAUUUUGGUUCAUAUAUUUACCUUGUCAUUUUUUUACUGGUUAGUAUAGGAGUAAAUGGACAACCAAUUGUACCAGCAUUAUUCAUAUUUGGAGAUUCAGUAGUUGAUGUGGGUAAUAACAACAACCUCCAUACAAUUGUCAAGUCAGAUUUUCUUCCUUAUGGUAGAGAUUUUUCCUAUCAUCAGCCUACAGGACGGUUUUGCAAUGGCAAGCUUGCUACUGAUUUCACUGCUGAGACCAUAGGAUUUACAUCUUAUCAACCAGCAUACCUCAGCACAGAAGCCACAGGAGAAAACCUUCUAAUUGGAGCCAAUUUUGCCUCUGCUUCUUCAGGCUAUCAUGCCAGUACACCAAAGAUAUACAACACAAUUCCAUUGAGCGAACAGCUGGAACACUACAUGGACUACCAGAAGAAAUUAGAGUUAGUAGCAGGACAAGACAAUGCAACAUUAAUAAUCACUCAAGGAAUUUACCUUAUUAGUGCUGGAAGCAGUGAUUUUCUCCAAAACUAUUACAUCAACCCUCUUCUUUACAAGCUUUACUCUCCUGAAGAAUUCUCCCACGUUCUAGUUCAACAAUUUGCUGACCUUGUUCGCAAAUUAUACUGGCUUGGAGCAAGGAAAGUAGGAGUAACAUCAUUACCGCCAUUGGGAUGCUUACCAGCUGCAAUUACAAUAUUUGGAGAGGAUAGCAAUGAUUGUGUGGAUCACAUUAAUAAAGAUGCAAUGACAUUUAAUGACAUGCUCAAUUCUACUUCAGAGGAGCUACAAAGCCAGCUUUCAAAUCUUACAUUGGUAGUGUUUGAUAUUUACCAGCCACUUUACCAGUUGGUCACUAAGCCUGAAGAUAAUGGGUUUGUUGAGGCAAGGAAGGCAUGUUGUGGAACAGGAGUGGUAGAGACAUCAUAUUUGUGCAACUCAAAGUCACCUGGAACCUGCAGCAACGCGUCCGAGUAUGUAUUCUGGGAUGGUUUUCAUCCAUCAGAGGCCACCAACAGAAUUUUGUCUGAUGAUCUUACAGCAGCUGCGAUCUCUCUCAUCUCUUAGAAUUCCGCAUAGAUUUAAAUUACGUAUGUACUGCCUGAGAUAUGAUUAUUCAUAAGGAUACAUAUUACAUACUAUGAAAAUUAGUAGCUUUUUUAUUUCAGUCGGAUGUGUGCAAAAGUCUGGAAAUGGGUGUAAAAUUAGCAUAUUUUAUAUCUUAAUUAGUUUUUGAGAAUUUUUGUGUAUUAUGUUUAAAUAGUUUAAGACAACUAAUAAAAUAUGUUUUCAUUAGCUAAA